AGCUCCGCGGCCGACGAUUUGGGCAAACUCCCCGCGUUUCACGCAGGAAAGCCACGUUAAUUGUUUCUGGCAUACUCUAGGCAACAGCGCUUGGCUAGCCGCCCUUCGCGCAGCCGACGGGUUGGCUGGUAAUUAAGGGCUCACUACCCCAGCACUGCGAGGUUGCAAGCCGUCGACGCGGCAGCCUAAAAAAGCAACCAUGGCCCCACUCAGCAACCGCCGCGACUCGUUAUUGGGCCCGAAGCCGGACCCGGGAGUAAAAGCGAGCUACGCGCAGAUGCUCUCGUUAGCAUUGAUGCUCUCGUUGGGCGUGGGUCUCAUGGCGCUCCCGAACGAGAUAUCGAACACGGGGACGGUGCCCUAUGCCAUUUUAUUUGUUUGUGUAGUCUCAGGAAUGAAUUGGUCCAUGCUCGCCCUACUAAGAGCAAAAGCGGCUGUGGAAGAACGUGGCAUAAAAGUACAAAGCUACAGGGAUUUGGGGUAUGAUUUCCUGGGAGGGGACCACGGGUCGCGAGCGGUGGACUGGUGCGUGGUGGGUUUCCAGUUCGGCGUCUGCGCGUCCUACUUUUCCUUUAUGACGAGUACCUUACAUACGUUGUGGCCCCAUGGACCUUCCGAAACUUCAUUUACCGUUGUUUUAGUACCGAUCGUCGGCGUGCCCUGCGCGCUCAAACAUCUAAAAGAUCUAGGAACAGUGGCCCAGGUCGCCACUGUGACAUAUGCGUUCUCAUUAUGUACCGUUGGUUUUUAUGCUAUACACCGGUUAGUCGUAAAAGGCCACGUCUACAACACGCAGCCCUUCUCGGGCAGUCCUUGGGGUCUCAUAGGACUACUGGGAAGUUUAUGCUAUGCCUUCGAGGGGAUCCCGUCGACGCUCUGCCAGAUGAGCAACGCAUUAGCCGAACCGGAACGCGCACCGGAGCUAGUCACGACAUCAUUAGUCGGUCUCGCAAUAAUCUUCACGGCGACGGGCUACGUCUGCAACUUUGCGUAUCAAGAUCCUGCCAAUCCGAUUACGGUCUCGUUAAUUGACGAGUUCGGGAUUAGCGGUUUGCCGGCAGCAGCGAACUGGCUCGUCGUCAUCUCGGUAGCUCUCAAGUUUCCCAUGCAGUUCUUCCCCAUGGCGCAACAGUUAGAGCAUGCUUUAGAGAUCGAUCGGUACGUUUGUAAACGUGAUGAUGAGGAGUCGACGAGGUUGUUACCGUCGGAACAGACAUUUAUUGGCGAGCGAGAUGGAGAUAGGUGGUCGGUAGCGUUCCGGGCCAUGUUGGUCGUGCUGGCGGCGUUGACAGCGUUGGUCGUAAAUGAUUUGACCACCAUAAUCAACGUGGUGGGGAUCGUCUUCGGCCCGUCGCUGGGCUUCAUCUUCCCCUGCUACUUCGACCUGAUCUGUGUUAGGAGAAGGGCCUACGAUCGCACGAAGCUGGAAGUGGCCAUAUCGAUCGUCGUCCUAUGCGUGGCGGUCGCGGCGACGUUCCUCGGUUUCGGGCAGCAGGUCGUGGGCCUCGUGCGAGCUUAUAUUAAUGGGUCGGACGACGACCGGCGAUAGCUCUAGUGUUUUCUCGUAAUCAAUCGUUUUGUG